ACCCCCACAAAUAGAUGACAGUAGCGUGCACUGUGCAGUAGUUGUUUUUAUCACAGGAAGUACAGUAAACGAGCGGAGGGUGUGAGGAAGAAGCUAAGAAGGCCCCUGGUGGUGGGAGGUUCCCGUUUGGAGGCAGGAUAUCCAACUGUAAACAAAUCAGAAGCCUUACUUUGUCACUUGAUCUGUUCCCCAUAGAAAAACGAUUUAUAUGUACAGUAUGUAACCCCUUCGGUAUAUUACAAUUAUUUUCCUCUCAAUCAGGGGUGCGCCCAAAUUGAAUCGGGAUCAUUCUCGGGCUUUAGAAGAGCGGAUUUUGGGCACUCCGGUUCGAAAUGAUUUGAGUCCAUCGUUAGCAUGCCGACAUUACAUCUGCAUCACAUCUGACAGACGGGGCCUUGAAAAUCCUUUGCUGUUUUCAGCCACCCCCCACCACCCCCAGAUUCACUGAUGUUUUUUUUUAAGAGAGCGUCGCCAUUUCAAAAGCCCUUAAAAUCUCGGGAUUGCACGCAAAGGCAUAGUGCUCUACCACCUCAGCAAGAAUAAAAUGACGGGAGGCAUGCAUGCAACAUGGCUCGAUGUAAUAUAAUGGAGAGUGUUACGGCAGAAGGUUGUUGCAAGAUGACUGCGUGUGCUGCACCAUCAUCUGGCACCCCGCCGCGCCACAUGACGCAAUCAGCGUCGCCGAAACCCACGGAAUGAAACCCCAUGCCGUCAUCCCUUCCAAUUAGUAGCCAGCAAGUCACAACAAGGCCUCAUUUGGCUCAUUUGCUCUCAAAGUGUAGGCAUACUGCAAAUAGACAAGGGUAUUACAACACAUCAAGGAAUGGGGGGGAAGAUUAUUAUUCAGUUUGAAAUGAGCUCAUUAAAAAAAAAAAACGCAGAACAGCGGCUUCCUUCCACCAAGUGAUGCCAAAGUGCGAUCGAGCUGUGCUCAUAUUACGGCGCGCUAACUAGAACAGCUUGUACUCGUAUUGAAACUGGCUGUGAGAGUAUUGACAUUCGUCACAUACGUUGACAUGCGUGUGACCACGCACACCAGGGGGGGGGGGCAUGUGGGAAGGUCGACAUCUUUUUCCCUUUCUGAUACGUUACUGACACACUGACACGCUACCUGUUUGACACACUGGCCUACAGGCGUGCUUGUUAUGCAAUUACAUUACUGGCAAUCUGUUCCACCUGGAACAAAAUGUUGGAAGACAAAAGUGGCUUUUCCGACGCAUGAUAACUAGCUCAGACGUUUAACUGGCUGAGAGCAACAUCAACUGUUUCUUCUGGUUUCUUUCGCUCUGUGUCUCUUUUUUUUUUUAACAGGCCUGUCUUUCCGAGUAGGUAAAUGUUGCCUUAAGCGGAACUUGUCUAGUGCCCCCGUGCCUUGGCAAAGUGAUGGAAAAAUGAAUGUCAACAGAACUUUUUCCUCUGGUCUGUCUGGCUUUGACGGUUAGCGGUUAGCUAUAUGCUCACACUGGACUUCGACGGUACAUACUGCGAUACCAUCUUUGGUCAAGAGAUUAGAGACAUGCCUGUGAAGCUGCAACAUUGAGGGUGUGUGGCUGUAUGGACAUCUGUAUUGUAUUUCUGGCUCUUAGCGGGGGGAUAAGAAUAGACGCGGCUGUACCGAAGCUCACUGUCAAAGGCAGAGGAAACCGAAGAGAUGGCAUCCAGGUUACUUUGUCUGUACAGUAGCCGCAUACGGUAGCUUGAUCAUUUUUGAACUGGCGUGUAUCAGUAAUAAAACACCAUGUUUAUUUCUUACGUCUUUUAAGACAGAACUGGAAAAUGCCGUUUUUCCGGUAUCAUCGUUAUUUCUCAGAGGCUUUAAUUUGAACUGUUACGCAACCUCAUUUUUCUGAUGCAAGCUCCAAGGUUUAAGGAAAGAUUUUUUAAAAAAUUUUUUUCAUGGAAGCAAGCGAUUUGUUGAGCUCCACCUUAAAACUAGUCUGUGGAGCACAGUGAUCUGCCUGCUUUUCCCUCCUUUCUUCCCCCCUCCCCAUGCAGUGGGAAAGUGUGUCAGUGGGACAAAAUGUCCACAUGGGCUGACAGGCUACAGCAACCAAGCGACGGCUGACUCAGCCAAUACCAAGCAAGCUGCCGUCACAGCCCGGCCAAUGGGAUCGCGAGAAUCCGGCGAGGACGGAUCGCCGACAUGUUGCUAGACUCAAAUCGAGGUCAUCCCCUGUAAAAUCUGCGGGGACAAGUCCUCGGGGAUCCACUACGGGGUCAUUACCUGUGAAGGCUGCAAGGGGUUCUUCCGUCGCAGCCAGCAAAACAACGCCAUGUACUCGUGCUCGCGCCAGAGGAACUGUUUGAUCGACCGAACGAACCGCAACCGCUGCCAGCACUGUCGUCUGCAGAAGUGUCUGGCUUUGGGCAUGAGCCGAGAUGCGGUGAAGUUUGGUCGCAUGUCCAAAAAGCAGCGCGACAGCCUGUACGCUGAGGUGCAGAAGCAUCAGAAAUCCCAGGAGUGCGUGGGCUCCGGAGACGGGGUCUCGACAACACCCAGGGAGGACGGUGCAUGCGGCGGGAGCGGAGAGGACGGCGAGGGAGCUUUGAGCCGUUCCUACAGCACCGGGGGCUCCAGCUCCACCCUCAGCGACCUCGAUGACAUCGCGGCACUCCCCGACUUAUUUGACCUACCGCUGACCCCCGAGGAGGCCAGCGAGUAUUGCAGCCUGGAGCUACUGGGCGGAAGCGGAGGGACCAGCACAGGAAAUACCUCCAACUCAUCAUCCGCUUCUUCCUCUUCGUCAUCCCCGUCCAAUCAAAAUUCUCCGCAGCAGACGAUAGACGGGUCUGACAACAGUGGCAUCCAGCUCUUGCACACACAUUCUCUCACGCUUCCCCUGCUUGGAGACACACACGCGCUGCUGGACCAGUUGCCCGAUGACUGCUCAAUAACAGACCUUGAGCGAAUCUCGCAAUGUAUUGUGAAGUCUCACAUGGAGACAUGUCAGUACAGCGCUGAAGACAUGAAGAGAUUCAACUUGGUCCAAUACACACCUGAGGAAACGCGUGCUUUUCAGAACAAGUCAGCCGAGUGGAUGUGGCAGGAGUGCGCACACCACAUUACAAAUGCCAUCCAAUACGUGGUGGAGUUUGCCAAACGAAUCGCUGGAUUUAUGGAUCUUUGCCAGAAUGACCAGAUUAUAUUGCUGAAAGCAGGAUGCCUGGAGGUCUUGCUGAUUCGGAUGUGCCGGGCUUUUAACGUCAACAACAGCAGCAUUUUCUUCAAUGGAAAAUUUGCCUUGCCUCAGUUCUUCAAAGCGCUCGGUUGUGACGACCUGGUGAGUGCAGUAUUUGAACUGGGCAAAGGACUCUGCCGCCUCCAGCUGUCUGAUGAAGAGGUGGCUUUGUUUAGCGCCGCUGUUCUUCUCUCCCCUGAUCGGCCGUGGCUGAUGGAUGGCCAAAAGGUUCAGAAGCUUCAGGAACAAGUUUACCUGGCUCUGCAGCACAGCCUUCUUAAGAGCGCUUCUGAGGAGAAACUGGACAAGAUGCUGUCCAAACUACCCAUCAUGAAAUCUAUUUGUCACCUCCACAUUGACAAACUGGAGUUUUUCCGCUUGGUCCACCCGGAGACCGCGUACAGUUUCCCUCCGCUGUACCGAGAGGUGUUUGGAACCGACCUUUCCCUGCCCGACUCCACCAACAGCUAGACACGACGGACCGACUGACAGAAAGACUGACCGACUGACACAGAGAGAGAUGGAGGGAGUGCGUUUAGCGGAAGGGAAAAGGAGAGACAGAGUCGGAUCCAAUAUGUUGAUGUUCAACAACCAGCAGUUAGCAGACAAUCCAGGACUUAAAAGACUCCGUCUCCCGUGAUUCCAAAGUCGCCCUCCACUUUCCCAGCAGGCAAAGCACCUUAACACUACAAGACCGCGCACGCUCUGCGUAUUGUAGCAGCACCGACGAGCAGAUGCACGAGGCGGACGCCAGUUUUGAAAACUUGCGUAACGUCUGACCCGCGGCGGAUCGCCCAACCGGUCAUGAAUGUACCUCGACGAGCACCAGUGCACAAGCAACGACUCAACGGUGAAUGUAUAACCCUUGUCACGCUUAGACGGUUUCAUACAUGCUCGUAGAAAGAAGAUUUCAGUCAAUAUUGAUCCCUCGGUAUGGUAUGUGUGUGCGGAUAUUCGUACUAAAACCGCCCUAUUAGUGUACUGACACUUAGGGACCAAGAUCACAAGUCAUUUUAUACAAAAAAGAAGAAAAAAAAACCAACUACAAAAACAACUUGAGCUCCCCGAGCCGCUUCGCUCACAUUUCGCCUGCGUUUCGGUGCUGCCUUGAGAAAACCUCAGUUCCCACGCGUCCCUUUUCCUUGCAAAUGCCACUUAAGAGACAGGGCACGAUGAAAUGAUCUUUAAUUUAUAUACACAUUUAUAUACAAAUAUUUUAAAUAAGAGUGUAAAUAGAUGACUAUGUGCGACUGCGGAGAGUGUUGGGAGCGCGUGAGAUUAGUUCAGAGCGAAAGGGAGAGAAAAGUGAGAUGCACACAAAAGGAAGCUGAUAUUCGGACUCUGGACUACUUUCCUCUCUAUUUAGUACUCUCAGGUUUCCAUGACAACACCCAGCACCCUUUGUCCCCACUCCGCCGCACCCCAUGACAACAAACCCACCAAGUGGGUGAACAGACACUUGUUGUACAGAUGCAAACGGGGGCAGCAGCGUGUCCGUCCGACGGAGGAAACAAAUUGCCUUUGUUGGGCAUUUAAACUGAGCUCUGAUGUUGAUGAUGACUGUGCCCCCCCUCGCCUGAAGAAACAAAAGGAGGACAAACGGGACUCGAAAGGAAAAGAGCAAGCAAGCCACACUUUAGGAACCUGAGACAAGGGGAUACACGGUAUCGCCCCCUCCCCCCCCCCCCCUUUCCCCUCGUCAAUCUGUUUCUAACCAGCAGUCGGGUGUUGUUUCCUUCAAUCACUUAUGCGGUCGCACUUGUUCAGGUACCCGACGGUCCACAAUUUGUAUCAUAACACCUUCCUGACUGGUUGGAGCAACUGUAUUAUUUGUAGAAAUGCUGUUCUUUCCACUUUUAGUCCCAACACUUGUUUGAAUAAAAAGCACUUACAAUCCCCCCCCCCCGCCACCCGUUUCUCAGUGGACACUAGUCUUAUGCCAGACGGAGCUACCAGCUGCCCCCCUGAGUUGGACCUCAAAGCCUGUAAGACUUUCUUGUUUAUCUUUUUUUGUUUUUCGGUUCACGCAAGAUCCUUCAAAGUUUCGGUGCGUUUCACUUGAACAAAAAGUCAACUCCCGGAGGAGGUUGUUUCAGCAUUACUUACUUACUUGGGGUGCUGGGAAGUUUUUAAGGCCUGCCGCCUGCCGCUCAGGGAGCUAGCUGUGAUCUCUUGUCGCUUCUAUGAGCAGCCUCGUCCUCCUCACGCCUUUGCACCCCAUCACCAUAAUCAGUGUGGACGUAAAUGUUCUACUUUUGUGAAUGUUGCUCACAAACUGCCCCGGGACCCCUUCCCGUUUGUCCUAAUAUUGUAACUUUAAAUUUAUGAGCAUUUAUAUAGGAACACAAACAAAUCCGUUUUAAAGAUCAACUCCAUUCUUUAAGUUUUUAUGUUUUUUUUUUCCUUUUGCUGUGAUCUUCACUUAUUUGUCGCGUAUCCACUUUCUUUACAUGUCUCCACUUUUUUGGCCUUUCCAGUCAGUAAUCGUUUUAUUUAAUUGGCAAAUAAUUGGGGAAAAGUCCAUAAAAGGACUAUCGUCUCCCUUUUCUUUCCUUGUAAGAAAAAAAAUGUACAAGAGAUAUACUACUAGUGAGUCACACUACUAAGUGAGUCACACAGCUCAAUAUAUAUUGUUGUCCAAUGGGAUACAUUAUAUGUGGUUUUAAGAAUGUAAUAAAUGGUUUCUUCUUUAGAAA